CAGAAAGCAGGCACCCAUCUUCUUCUGGGUUUAUGGACUGGAGGUGGCGAUGUCUCCAGGAGAGGACGGUCUGAUCGGGAUCCCCUUCCCAGAGCACAGCAAUGAGGUCCUGUCCCACCUCAACGACCAGAGGAGGACCGGGCUCCUGUGUGACCUCACGCUGACCUCUCGCGGGGCUCGCUAUCCAACCCACCGCUCUGUCAUGGCCGCCGUCAGUUUGUACUUCCGUGGGCUGUUCGGGGCGGAGGAGGGGGGCGGCGAGGGCGGAGGAGGGUUCAGCGUUUGCCAGCUGGACUGCGUGGCGCCCGACGCCCUGGACGCCUUGCUGGAGUUCGCCUACACCGCUACGCUGACCGUCCCGAGCUCGGGCAUGAGGGACGUGCUGCGUGGGGCUCAGCUCCUGGGCAUCACGUGCGUGGCCGACGCCUGCAGAGACAUCCUGGGGGAGACGGCGGAGGCGGAGGGGGAGACGGCGGAGGAGCAGAGAGCCCAACACACCGCCCCCAAGAGGAUGCCAGAGGACGAGAGGGGCGUAGAGAGAUGCUCCCGAAGAAAAAAUUACAAAAAGAAAGUGAAAAAAGUUGGUUUGCAACACAACACAGCCUCGGUUCUGAUCGCAUCACCUGCUUCUCCCGUCUCUCACCCGUCGCCCGCGUCCGACAGCCUCCGCUCGUUCCCCUCCACCCAGCCGCCCUCCCCCGAGCAGGAGGAGCUGAGCCCCAAGUUAGGGCAAAACGGAGGAGACCCCAGGUUGAUCAGAGAGCCAGGGAGGGGGGCCACCAUGAACGGGGGGCUGCUUCACUGGAUGCAUGAGCGCCCGCGUGUAGCCCACCCUCCUCCUCCCGUCCCACGAUCCAUUGAUAAGCUGUCGGAGAACGAGGACAUGGAAGGUUUUGGCGAUGACGGCGUGCUGAUGGGAAGCACCUCCACGCCGACAUCUGUGGCUGAGCGAGGAGCGUCAGCGUCAGCGGUAGGCGCCGGGAGGAAGAGGAAGUCCCAGACGCCGCAGCAGUGUCCCGUCUGUCAGAAGAUCAUCCACGGGGCGGGAAAACUGCCCCGGCACAUGAGGACACACACCGGAGAGAAACCCUUCCAGUGCUCGGCCUGUGGAGUCCGCUUCACCCGGAAUGAUAAGUUGAAGAUCCACAUGAGAAAACACACAGGCGAGCGCCCCUACCCGUGCCCCCACUGCACCGCCCGGUUUCUACACUCGUACGACCUCAAGAACCACCUGUCCCUCCACAGCGGGGCGCGGCCCUUCGAGUGCCCGCUCUGCCACAAGGCCUUCGCCCGGGAGGACCACCUCCAGCGCCACCGCAAGGGACACAGCUGCCUGGAGCUGCGCACACGCCGGCCCAGGCGUGGUCCGGAGCUGCUGGAGGAUGAGAGCGACGGCGGCCGGAGGGAGCACUCCAGCCCUCUGGAGGCGCUGUCCCAGGCCCACUCCUCUGCGUUCCUCCCCAACACGGCCCUGGAUGGUGGGAGGGGGUCCAGCCCCGGCCCUUCGCUGCUGUUUCCAGGCGACGUCGAGAGAAGCCGAUUCGCCCUUCAGGCUCUGGCCCAGCUCGGGCCUCACAGGGGCCGGCUGGUGGGCUACCCUCAGCUCUUCCUGCGGGGGCUGGAUCUGCGAGGGGCCAGAGAGGCGGAGAUAGAGGAUCCGGGGGGAACCCACUCGCCGGCCGCCUUCCGCGAUCAAUGGGCAGAUGAAGUAGAGGAGGAAAUCGGAGAUGAGGAAGUUGAGGAGGAGGAGGACGAAUAGUGGAAGGAGAGUGUGUGUGUGUCUGUGUGGUAAAGCAUCCACAGUAAAAAUUUAAAAAUUUAAAUAAAAAUCUCACUCAGGUGGCUGGACUAAUGACCUGCUGCUCCUAUAUAGAGAGCGCUUUAAAGAAAAACUAAGAUAUUUAAAGAAAAUGGAAAACGGGUUUUCAGAGAUAUUUUAAAUGUUUGUCUUCUGGCUAUUGGAAUUUAAUUUCAUUUGUCCUUUUAAAUUGUAUUCCUUGUUUG